UGACAUUUGCCAGGAAAUUGAUUAUUGAAUAAACACAGUUAAGUGUCACGCAAUUCGCAAAUCGCAAUUCGCAAUCUCAACGAGCUAUCUGUGGUACACAACUAAACAUUUACCACAAAUUAUAACCCGCAGGCUGCCUUUUUAUUGUUUAACUUUUUGGAGGAAUAUCUAUGGCCGGGCCUAUUCAAGACGUGAUUGAGGAAGAUGCUGCGGAUUUACAGUUUCCCAAGGAAUUUGAAAAUGCAGAAACUCUGCUUAUAUCCGAAGUGGACAUGCUAUUAGAACACCGGAAAGCUCAAAAUGAGUCAGCCGAAGAAGAGCAAGAAUUUUCAGAACUUUUUAUGAAAACAUUAACAUACACAAAUAUGUUUAAAAAAUUUAAAAACAAAGAAACAAUUACUGCAGUACGAAAUUUGCUACAAUCUAAGAAGUUGCACAAGUUUGAAGUAGCUAGCUUGGCCAAUCUUUGUCCUGAGACUCCAGAGGAAGCAAAGGCACUUAUACCGUCUCUAGAAGGGAGAUUUGAAGAUGAGGAGUUAAGAAUCUUAUUGGACGACAUACAAACAAAACGCAGUAUUCAAUAUUAAAGUAAAGAAGUAAAAAUUCAGUGCAUUGAAACAUUCUCAAAGUGAAAAUUGUGGUGUAGGCGCAAUUUAUAAGGUGACUAGGUUAGUAUGUCCUACCUUUAAAAUGUUUAAAUCCUUUAAUGAAGUUAAUAUAUCAUCUACAAUAUAGACAAUAAGCUCUUUGUCCCAGCUUUGACCCAUGGUACAUAGUCUAUGUCAUUCAGUGAAGUUGCAGCUUUCCAAUGGUGAAGGAAUUUUUGAAAUCGAUCCAGAGGUGUGAAAACAUACAAAUAUACAAAAACUAGCUGCGCCCCGCGGUUUCACCCGCGUAAGUCCGUAUCGUGUA